ACUGUCACUUCAUCCUCUUAUGAAUCGCUCAAUCCUUUUCAGGGUCAGCAAACAGCCAGCACAAGCACUCGAAACAAACAGUGUACAGAAUUACAACCACACUCAAGAGGAUGGAGCUGAAGCUACAAGCAUCAGCUGGGUCACACUGACACCAUACACUGAAUAGACUUUUUUUUUAAAUCAAUCGCCAUGACGAUCGUGGCGACUUUGGGAAUCGCGGCUCCUCCCCGAAUGCCUCCACUGAUAGAGGAAGACCUGGAGGAAGACAGUGAGGAUGAAGAUUUUCCAAAUUCUUCUAUCUCGAUCGCACACUUUAACUUCAACAACAGCAACAACGAUGAAGAACAAGGAAAGAAGAAGAAAGCAAAAAAAGAAAAGAAAGAAAGAAGAGAAAAAAGAGAAAAGAAAAAAAGAAAGGAGCAGAAGGAGAAGGAGAAUGUGAAGGAAAAGGAGAAAGGAAAUGAGAAGGAGAAAAAAGAAGAGUCUAAGGAGGUGUUUGUGAUUAACCCGGCCAGUAACCUGUACUACCAGUGGCUCCUGCUCAUCACUUUGCCCGUCAUGUACAACUGGACCCUGAUCAUUGCGAGAGCAUGCUUUGAAGAGCUGCAGCAUGAAUACCUGAUCACGUGGUUCUUCCUCGACUACAUCUGUGAUCUCCUUUACCUGGCUGACAUGGCCUUCAGGACGAGGACUGGCUACCUCGAGCAGGGUUUGCUUGUCAAAGACGAAAAACUCCUCAUCAAGAAUUACAGGGACAGCCCUCAGUUCCGGCUCGAUGUCAUCUCGAUGAUCCCCACCGACGUGCUGUACUUCGUCCUGGGACUGGACUACCCCGAGAUCCGCAUCAACAAGCUGUUACGCCUCAACCGCAUGUUUGAGUUCUUUGAGCGCUCGCAGACCAUGACCAACUACCCUAACAUCUUCCGCAUCUGCACUCUGGUCAUGUAUAUCAUCAUUAUCAUUCACUGGAACGCAUGUCUCUACUUCUCCUUCUCCAAAGCCAUCGGUUUUGGUUCAGAUGCCUGGGUCUACCCAGCACUCACUGAGCCUGAGUUUGGGGACUUGUUGAGGAAGUACUCUUUCAGCCUCUACUGGUCCACACUGACCCUCACCACCAUCGGGGAAACACCUUCUCCUGAGCUGGACUCAGAGUUCCUCUUCCAUGUAGUAGACUUCCUGGUUGGUGUCCUGAUCUUCGCCACCAUUGUUGGGAAUAUCGCCACAAUGAUCUCCAACAUGAAUGCGGCCCAAGCCCAGUUUCAGGCACGCAUUGACAGCAUCAAGCAAUACAUGCAAGUGCGGCAUGUAAGCAAAGACCUGGAGAAGCGAGUCAUCAAGUGGUUUGAUUAUCUGUGGACCAAUAAGAAGGCACAAGAUGAAAGGGAGGUGCUCAGGUACCUGCCGGACAAACUGCGAGCAGAGAUUGGUAUGAACGUUCACCUGGAUACGUUGAAGAAGGUAAGGAUCUUUGCAGACUGCGAAGCUGGACUGCUUAUUGAGCUCAUCCUUAAAUUGCGACCUCAGGUGUUUAGCCCCGGCGAUUACAUCUGCCGCAAGGGAGACAUCGGGCGGGAGAUGUACAUCAUCAAGGAGGGAAAACUGGCCGUGGUGGCUGAUGAUGGUGUCACUGAGUUUUGUGUUUUGGGUGAUGGGAGUUAUUUUGGUGAGAUCAGCAUCCUGAGCAUCAAAGGCAGCAAAGCAGGGAACCGCAGGACUGCGAACAUUCGCAGCAUCGGAUACUCUGACCUCUUCUGCUUGUCCAAGGAUGACCUAAUGGAAGCUCUGACCGAGUACCCUGAUGCUAAGAACAUGCUGGAGGAAAAGGGGCGGCAGAUCUUGAUGAAAGAUGGUUUGAUUGAAACAGACCCGGCCAACCUGAAGCCAGACCAGAAGGACCUUGAGGACAGAGUGAACCGCAUCUACAACACCAUGGAGCAGAUGCAGGCAAAAGUGAAGAAACUGCUUGCAGAUUACGAGAAGACAGAUAAAAAGCUAAAAGAGCGCAUUGUUUGGAUAGAACGCUACACUGGGGAGGAGGUGGAUGAAGAGGAUGAAGACGAGGGGCAGAAGGAAGCAAAAGAAGGAGAAGCUGCACCAGGAAAAGUGGAAGAGGAGAAGAAAGAAGAGGACAAGUGAAAGGGCUGAAGCAAUGUGGUCUUCAUUAUGAAAAACUAGAAGGUUUCACUUUCAAAAACAGUUAAAGGAAACGUAUCUUUGCUUAAUUAAUGAAACCUCUAAAGAACUCUUGAAGACCCUUCUUGAAGACGGUCUUUGGAUGCUGUAGCAUGAAAUUUUCCCUUCAAUUGAAGACCCAACCCUGUUACAGAAUGACAGAAAGUACACAAAGCCAGCUCCAUGAAGAUCUGCUUUCCAUGGGUUUGGAGUGGAAGAUCUCAUGCUAUAGAGCUCCAAAUCCUAUUAAACACCUUUGGGAUGUACGUGAAUUUUACUAAUACUUUUGUAGCUGAAUGAAUCCCCACAAAACUCAGUAAGCACACUCUAACAUCUAGUGAAAUUCUCCCAACCAUUAAACUUGUGUUUUCUGUGACAGAACCACAGAACCUAUGAGAAAAGGAAAAGCCGCUUUAUUGUAGAUGAAUUUUUUUUUAGACUCCGUGUUUCAGAGAUAAAUUCCCAACUCUGGGAAACAGUUUAAUUAUCUCAGUGAAGGCAUUAACUCUAGACGAGAGAGGGAAUUGAAAUUGGAGUUAUGUUUUGCGUAGUUAAUAAGUUCAUUAAGAGUUUGGAUGAAUGUUUUCUUUCCACAGGAAAACAACAAACUCAUUAUCCUAGUUUAUUUAUGCUAAUAGGGGUUUAGCCACGUUUCCAGGGACAGGAGAUGCUCAGGAGAAUCAUCAAUAUUACUAUUAAUAUAGACCUUUUUCAAUCUUUACAAACAAAAUAUUAGUUUUUGCUUUAUUUUUUAAUUAAACCUGCAAAGAGUUGAUUCUGCAGCUGAGUACUAGCCUUCUCAAAGAUCUGUAGAUAAAAUAAUAACGGGACAAAACCGUUUGGCAGAAUGUCUAAGAGAUUAUAUUGUGCUACUGUAAAGGAUCAUCUAUAAAAAAAUAAACACUGACACUUUUUUUUUCUUUUUUAAGUAUUGAGUUGUAAUAUAUGAUGUAACAUAUAUGGAAGGAGUUUUCAGUAUCAGCGUUUUUGUAGCAGUCAGACUCCAAGAUCUGCUUUCCAUGGGUUGGAGUGGAAGAUCUCCUGCUAUAGUGCUAUUGAACACACUUGGGUUGAAUUGUUCAUGCUGACUGCACCCCAGACCUCCUCAACUCACCUACUUCAGUACCUGACUUUAUCAACACCCUUGUGGCUGAAUGAAUAUCAUACAAAUCUCAACAAACACAAUCCAACAUCUUCCCUGGAAGAAAUGAAUGAAUAAAUAUAAUCAUUUCAGCA